GUCACAGGGAGGGAGGUUCCACAGCCCGGCCGCUCCCGGCGCGGGUCUCCAGGGAGCCGCGGUGGCGCUGGCAGAGUGACCGGGGUGGCAGUGACAUCGAGCCAUGGCUAAGGACGGGUCUGAGCACAGCGGGGGGCACAGUAGCGACUGGUUCACUCACGAUGAUGGGAUGCAGCUGGGCGAGAUGGAAUCAGUAACAAGCGCUUCACUAAAGCACGUGCUGAACUCUGUAGCCGCUGUGGGCCAGGAGCACAGAAUGCCGCUGCAGUACAAAGCUCGGGUGCAGAAAGCAGGAAACAACAACUUCCCAUUCUCUUCUCAUGACAACAGACAUGACAUAUGCAAUGCAGUCGAGUAUUUUGACCUGGGCAUGGGUGUGAGGAAGUUGGAUCCAGAGAAGCAGAGACAGAACUCCCACAACUUCUUUGAGUGGGCUCGUGCGCCAGGCCGGAGCAGCAGCGAAGGCUUCGUCACCGUGUACCAGAGCACGUUUGUGUCAGAUCAGAGCCCUGGGAAGGAGGAGCAGAACCACAGGCGCUACCCCAAACACCACACCCAGAGCCACAGCGAGCACAAACAGAGCUCCAGCACAGCUGCUCCUGAGAGAAAGCCCUGAAGCCAUAAAAGACAUCUUAAUCAAGAGCACCUCGGGAACAUCCACCGAGCAAAUGUGAACUUUCACUACCCAAAACAACGGUGAAGGAAUAAACACUCAUGUAAAGUGCA